AACGAAAAACACAAUUCUUAUGCUCUUAGAGCUCUUUAUUUUUAUUAUGCUUAUUUAUGCUUUUCCUAAAAGAAAAAUACUAUUUCUUUCAGGUAGUAAUAUUCGUAUCAUUUUAUACAUUAUCAAGGUGCCUGAUAUUAAUUCGUAGAAGAAACCAAGACCCAGGAAUAUUUGUCCAAUAAGCAUCUAAUGUGUGAUCUAUUGUCACAACAGCAACAACAACAAACACCAUCCACACAACAGAGAACAGGACAGAAAUUGUCCUCUAGACAAAUAAAUAAAAAUCAAAGUCAAAACCAUUUAUCACUUAUGGAUACUACUACUAAUCCUACGCAUGCACUCUCUUCCACCAUCAGUACCACCUCUAAUACUACUACUACGGCUCGUACUAUUUCUAAUUCACCGGAAGUAUCCUCUAAUAUUUCUACUCCAAGUACAAAUUCAAAUCGUUUAAACUUAUCAAAUAAUGUUAGUUGUCGUUCGUCUAAAUCAAGACAGCAAGUGCAACAAUCUGAUUUGAAUUGUUCACUUGAGAAUGUUAUUACUACUGAUAUUGCACCAGUAAUGUCCAGUGCUACUAAUAGUGCUAAUAGUAAUAAUAAUAAUGAUAACUCUACUGAUAUCAGCGGUAUAUACAAGCCAUGGUCACCUAAAGAGAAUUCUAAUGUCAAGCAACAACAAAACUGUUCAUCAUCGAAUGAAUCUUUGCCCACAUUAAAUGAUCCCACAGUCGAUCAACAGUAUUCCCUAACAAAAAGUGAACGGAGAAGUAAAUUACUAAACAGUACAAAUGACGCACAUUUAUUACAUAACAAUCAAUCAGAUUUAAAAAGUAAAAAUGAUCACUGCUCAGUAAAUUCAUCAAGAUCACACAUUCAUCACCGGUAUCCCCAUCGUCCACGUCAUCGUCAGCAGGAGCAGCAGCAGAGAAAUUGUCUUCUGCUUCAUCAUCUCCUGUCAAACCCCGAUCCCCGUCUAAUCACAGUCGAUCACCAAGAGAAGUCGAUAAUUCCCAGUGGAAUGAUACCAUAAAUGAUGGAAAUAUGAUUAAUUCUUGCAGUAAUUUAAAUCCUGUGACAGAUGCUACUGAGAAGAUGAAUCUGCUAAGUAGAAAUAUUUCAACAAGUCAUAAAUCAUUUAGUCGUCAACUGAAAUCAUUAAAGAAUGUAGACAAUCCAAAUUUAUCAUCUCGUUGUUCAGAGGAUGGAUCUAAUGUCAAAGAAGAGAAUGAAGAGGGGGAAGAAGAAGACAUAGAAUAUCAGGAAGACAGUGCUAAUCGUAGUCAUGAUGACAGUAUUGAAGAUGACAGUGAGGAUAAUAAUAAUAAUAACAACAACAACGGUGAAACAGUUGGAGAUAACUCCUUUUUUCUCAUGGAACAAGACAGCCUUUCACAGCACUACUCAACAUCCG